CACGCACCUGUUUCGAAAAGAGCAAAGUUUUUGCACACGGUAUUGGUUGCAACACUGCGGUUAUUCCAUAUCAUUUUGCUCUCAGAAAUGUCUGGUUUGGGCAUCGUUUCUUAGAAAUUCACGACACCAGAGAGUUGUUCAAACCCUUUCCUUGCCAUUUCUAUUGCUAUAGUUGCACCAAUGAACUGAAAUAUUUAUAUGGAAGGGAUCAGGUAUGAGGGUUUCAGGGACAGAAGCCUAAUUGGGUCUAUGGCCCAAUGACUCGUCCCAUAAUGGUGUAUCCAUUUGUCAUCCUCUGUUGUCUGAUGCUCUCCAUUCCUGCUUCAUAUGGAGGGCUGCAAGAACUGGUCAUAACUUUUCUCAGUCAAAAGAAUCCAUAUCAUAUUCAGCAAGCAACAUCAUCAAAAUAUUUGCUUCUUAGUGACUGCAUAUCACAGAACAUAUCUGUCCCAGUUGUUCAUCUGGCACAUGAGGACUUCCAUGACAUCCACUACUGGACCAUCUUUCCCCUGCUACCCAUCUUGUCAAGAAGGCAUGGACAAAAUGCAUCCUGGUUCUUCUUUGGGACUGAAGGCACACAUAUCAAGCCAGCACCCAUGGCUUCUCUUCUGUCCAAGUUCAGUCCCGACCAGGAGGUGCUCCUGGGCCGGUCGCUGCGGGACCGCGAGCCCACCAUCGUGCACCACUUCGCCUUCCAUGACGACCCGGGCCGGUUCGCGUACCCGGACCUGGCGGCCGGCCUACUCAUGUCUGUCUCCCUGCUCAAUAGUCUGGCGCGGCGCUACUCGCAGCUGCCUGCACCGCCGGUCGACUUCUCCAUCGACCCGAUGCACGAGCUGGCCCUGUUUGCGUGGCGCGAGGGCGAGGGGCCGUCUCUCAGCGACAGUGGCGCCCUCUGCGUGGCGCCCGCCGCCGGCUGCGCCACCGAGCAGCGGCCGCCGCCGGCCUGCUCGGGAGAGUUGGACGCCUCAUCGGUGCACUACGCCGUGAAGACGUGUGCCAAGUUCCACAAGAGCCGCCUGCCUGUAGUGCGCGAGACCUGGGCCCGGGACGCCGUCCACGUGCGCUACUACAGCGACGAGGCAGACGAGCUUUACGGCGCCAUCAGCGUGGGCGUCGCCAACACGGAGCGCGGCCACUGCGCCAAGACGCUGCGCAUCCUGCAGCGCUCGGCCGCCGUCGCUGGCCUGCGCUGGCUGGUGGUGGCCGACGACGAUACCAUGCUCAGCGUGCCCCGUCUGCACCAGCUGCUGGCCUGCUACAGCCCGAGUGAGCCGCUCUUGCUAGGCGAGCGGUACGGCUUCCGCACCUCCGGCGGCGGCGGCGCCGGAGGCUACAGCUACAUCACCGGCGGCGGAGGGAUGGUGCUGAGCGUGGAGGCAGUGCGCCGGCUGAGCGCGAGCUGCCGCUGCCCGACGGCCGACACGCCCGACGACAUGCAGCUGGGCCUGUGCGCCGCCGCCGCCGGCAUCACGCUCGUCCACUCGCCCCGCUUCCACCAGGCGCGGCCGCCCGACUACCCGGCCGAGGUGCUUACCCAUAGCCGGCCCGUGUCGUUCCACAAACACUGGAUGAUCGACCCGCGCGCCGUGUACCGCACCUGGCUGCAGGAGCCACGGCCGGCGGCGGAGCGGCACUCGGAGCUGUGAGCCGCGCCUGACGUCGCCCCGCGCCCGGCGGCGGGGGCCAGCGCCAGGACGGCCGCGGAGGGAUGAUGUGGCAAGCUCCGGCCAGGGGAGGCUUGGCUCGCGGCACCGGUGCAGCCGAGGCCGAUGCAGGCGCCGAGGAUGGCGGGGUGGGCGGUCAGACGAGGCACCGGCC